AUGAAUCCAUACCGCGGCGAGCAGCAAGGCUUUGUCCCCGAGAGUUCGGGCCUGUUUGGUGGUUAUGAGGCAAUCCAAUCAUUUAACAAGGGACUCUGGCUGCCCAUGCCCAAGCGGAAAAUGAACUUCGUUCCCAUGAUCGUGUGCUCAUUGGUUCCUUGGGCGCUGUUCGUGCUGGUGUACAGCCUGAUGGCCUUCCAGUUUCACUACAGCCAGCCAACGCUUUGCAACAUUGUCGUCUUUGUUUUGCUGUUCUUCGUGUUGGUAAUUGGCGUCAAGGCGGGAUCGGUCCUCAGCUGGCAUCUUCACGAGCGUACAAUGAUCUGCCACACAAGGCAUUGA